UUUAAUAAAAGAUAUACCAUAAUGUUCUUUGAUAAUUAUAACACAAAACCCCCCCAAAACCCUUGAAGGAACCUAGAUGGAUCUUAAUGGUUUAGCGAUGGAUGUUGAUGGAGAGAAUUUUGGCACUUGUUUAACGAGCUUUGUUGAUGAUGGUACAGUUGAGAGUCACAGAUACUUUCUUGCUCGCAGAACUAUGCUCGAAAUGCUUAAAGAUCGUGGUUUUGCAAUACCCAAUUCUGAAAUCGACACUACCCUUGAAGAAUUUAGAGAAAAAUAUGGGCAAACACCUGAUGUUGAGCGCCUUAGAGUCUCCGCAAUGCACAGGACUGACCUCACCAAUAAGGUUUUGGUCAUCUUCUGUGGGCCAAAUGCCGUGAAAGUGAAUGUCAUCCGCAGCAUUUUAACUCAAAUAAUGAACAAGGAAUCUUUGAGUCGGCUGAUAUUGGUCAUUCAAAAUCAAAUGACUAAUCCAGCUAUAAAAGCUGUGGAGCUUUUCUCAUUUAAAGUUGAAAUUUUCCAGAUCACAGAUUUACUUGUCAACAUCACAAAACAUGUUUUAAAGCCAAGGCAUGAGUUGUUGACCGACACUGAGAAAGAGAAGCUCUUGAAGAAGUACAACUUGGAAGAGAAGCAGCUACCGCGGAUAUCUCAGAAGGAUGCAAUUGCUCGGUACUAUGGACUUGAGAAGGGGCAGGUGGUGAAGGUCACGUACAGCAGUGAAAUCAUCGAGACACAUGUUACUUAUCGCUGUGUCUGGUGAUGCAAGUAUGUAAAUUGAUCCUAUGUAGAAGCGUUGUUCUGUCGUACGUUAAAUAAGUCUGCAGCAGCCUAGCUAACUUACCAUAUCUUGUUCCGUUAACAACAUACUUUUUGAACUUUUCCUUAACUCCCUCUUCCACAACCCCUGGGGUUCCUCCCUUCUCGACCUUAGUUCAAUGAAUAGCUUGUAGGUAGUAUUUUAGUACCUGUUCAACAGGUAGUUAUCUAAUUUUCCCAGUCUUUACCUCUUUUUGCCAAUUAAUACCAUGCCCACCAGGAAACUUCAUACGUUUCUUUGGUUGUAGAGUAAUUUGAGAAACACUAUUGUUGUCGCCCUGCAUUUUGUAUGCCAAGAUUGUGUUUACUUACCAUGUUGCAACGUUAA